AGAUGCUCAUAAAUUGAGGGAGAUUCGUGCUUAAAAGAGAAUCAGCGUGACUAGAAAGCUAGUAGAAAAACUCAGUAAAAAACCCAUACAAUUCCCAUUCCCAUUCAUAUAGGAAUUUUACAGAAUCCAGUUGCCCCAAAUCCAGCCUUCUCAAUCGAUAUUCUCAGUUAAGCACGAAAUGGAAGGGACAAUAUUCGCCCCUGCAUUGGAAGGAAUGAAGCACGUCAAGUCUGAAGACGGAGUAAUGCUUACUAAGCCAUUCUUGGACGUGUGCAAGCUUAUUAUACCUGUUAUAGAAAAGUUUGGAGCUGCUAUGGCACUUGUCAAAUCUGACAUCGGAGGCAAUGUAACUAGGUUAGAGACCAAAUACUUGUCCAACCCGACAAAAUAUGAUCAUUUAUACAGCAUGGUACAAGAAGAAGUUGAUGCUAAAACUGCUAAAGGUUCAUCGAGUUGUACCAAUGGUCUUCUGUGGUUGACAAGGGCGAUGGAUUUCUUGGUGGAGUUGUUUCGGAAUUUGCUUCAGCAUCAAGACUGGGCGAUGUCUCAAGCUUGUACCGAUUCCUACACCAAGACUCUGAAACAGUGGCAUGGUUGGCUAGCCAGUUCAAGCUUUACGGUCGCUAUGAAGCUCGCUCCUGAUAGGAAAAAGUUUUUGGACGUUGUAGCUGGAAGUGGUGAUAUCAACAGUGACAUUGAGAAAUUCUGCUCCUCUUUCUCACCAUUCCUUGAGGAGAACCACAAGUUCUUGGCGAGCGUUGGCAUGGAUGCGCUUAAGGCAUCAUAGAUAAUGAAUGAAGGCAAAGUUCCUGCCCUGAGACGAUAUUACCUGGUUUACUCUUAUUCAGUAUUUGGCACUAUACCUUGCUAAUAAAUUUGACAAUGUCGACUGUGCUUAUACGUAUUUGACCGGGGAACUUCUAUACAUGAGUGAACCAACCCUUAUAACAUAGAAAACUCAACUCUUUUCAAGCCUACCAAUUUGAUUUGAAGUGAAUUGAACUCGUUGUCUCUUAUUUUGAAUUGUCAUUAAUUUAACUCACUCCCCCUCGUUCCAUAAUACUGGUUUUCUC